AUGGCUUUGACUUUAUUCUCCAACAUUUCAGCACCAUUCUUCUCUCAUCACACUCACACCCAAACCAAUUUCCAACAUUACACCCAUUCCUUUUUCCCAACCCGCCAUGAAAUUUUGACAUUCUUCUCUUCCAAGUUCAACCACUCCUCUGUAUACGCACCAACUAUCACGCCUAUCCAUUUGCAUAAUUUUUCCACAGCUUUCUCAGCCGGAGACGGAGGCAGGUUUCCGGGAAGUGGAGGUGGUGGUGGUGAUGGUGACGGGGAAGGCGAUGAGGAGGAAGAAAGGGACAGGAAUAGGAAAGAGGCAAUGCUGGUUCUGGCGGAGGCUGGAAGGUCGCUGGAGAGUUUCCCAGCGGAUUUAGCAGUUGCUGUUAAGGCGGGACGGGUUCCGGGUUCGAUAGUGGGGAGGUUUUUUGAAUUGGAGAAGUCAGUUGUGUUUAGGUGGUUGUUCAAAUUUGAAGGGUUUAAGGAAAGGUUGUUGGCUGAUGAUUUGUUCUUAUCCAAGCUUGUUAUGGAAUGUGUUGUUGUCAUCUUCACCAAGGCUGCUGCAGAGUUGGAGCGGCGUAAAGAAAAUUUCACAAAGGAGAUGGAUUUUGUUGUUGCUAAUGUGGUGACAGGAAUUGUAACAGGUUUUGUGCUUGUGUGGUUUCCUGCUCCAACUGUUUCUCUUAAACCUCCUCCAGCAGUUACAGCUGGACUUAUCGCCAAAUUCUUCUAUGGCUGUCCCGAAAAUGCUUUUCAGGUGGCUUUGGCGGGAACAUCAUACACACUUCUACAAAGAAUAGGUGCUAUAGUGCGAAAUGGGGCAAAGCUGUUCGUAGUUGGAACCGGUGCUUCACUGGUUGGUAUAAGUAUAACAAACGCAUUGAUCAAUGCACAGAAGACUGUAAAUAAAGCAUUUUCGGUUGAAAAUUUACCGGUAGUUUCAACUAGUGUAGCUUAUGGGAUUUACAUGGUAGUAGUAAGCAACCUAAGGUACCAAGUACUUGCAGGAAUUAUCGAGCAACGGAUUCUAGAACCGUUGCUACGUCGAAACAAGCUUAUGCUAACUGCAGCAUACUUUGCUGUUAGGACUGCAAAUACUUAUUGGGGCUCACUACUAUGGGUGGAUUUUGCUCGAUGGGCUGGAGUCCAGAAGAUAAAGGGUUAA